AACCGUGGCCACGCCCCCACCUCCACCUGCCUAACGUAUAAGCAGCGGAGUGACGUCUCGAACUGAGUCCAGAUCCACGACCGGAGGAAAUCCCGUCUCAUAGGGACCGGAGGGAGGCCCCUUUAAGUCCAGACGCUGCCUGUGGUGAGGUGCCAGGAGCGGAAGAGCGAGAGAUAAACAAACAACAACAACAACAAGAGGAGGACGGAGCAGCUUUUCCCACUUCAGCUUCUUCACUGCCACAGCGGAGAACAGGCCGUGAGGACUUCUUUUGCUGUUGGCGUCAGGUUUUUUUCCACACGUUUUGUUUUGUCGAGUCAAAUUGCGGAAGUGAGCGGCGCCGUCACGAAGCAGCGCCCCCCGGCCUGUGGCGACAUCCAGCGGCCGAGCAGGGGAACUGCAGCGGGGAUGUACGGAGCCUCGGGGAUCCCGGAGCUGAUCCCGCCCGGCGGGCCGCCCCGGCAGCCCGGUCCGGCGGGGCAGUUCAACCCGGGACACCCGCAGGGGGACCGGCACGGUGGAGGCUCCAACCCCCAGAGACUGGGACAGAGGGCGCCCAAACUGGGCCAGAUCGGCCGGUCCAAGAAAGUGGACCUGGACGACGAAGACCUGGACGACAUCAUGAACAACAACGGCCAGUGCGCCGUGUCGCUGUCGCCCAUCUCCUAAACCUCGCCAAGAACUGCCAAAACCCCACCAGGGACGCCUGAUCCGGCUCCCGUCGGUCCUCCUGGUCCGGCUCUUCAGGGUUUUGGAGGCGACACGUACAGGCCCGCUGUAAAUAAAGUUUAUCUUUGAUCGGACUGAAGGAACGCGCCGAUCUUCACCUCUGGAGGAGAAGUUCUGGACUGAUGGUGCUCCUCAGAGCCUCUGGAGGGCUGGGGAACUUGUGACCCGGUGAGAGGGUCUCCUGUCUGGUUCUGGUCGGGCUCAGAGGGCGAGGGUCUCUGAUCCUCUGCAGGUUUGUUAUUGAGUGAAAAUUAAAUCUUUAUCUUCUCCGGCGCUGAUCCGAGCGACGUUACCGAACUCUACAAAUCAACUUCUUCAUCGUCUGGAAAGAAAAGUUUUGUCUUCUGAUCGUCUCUGAGGGAGCGGCUGUCGGAGGCGCCACGAGCGGUUUAAGGGCUACGUUGUUGUUGUUGUUGUUGUUUUCAAACCAAAUCACCGUUUUCUUUCUGAGCUCGUUGAUGUUUUUGUUAAGCACUUUGAAAAGGUUUCAAAUGAAAAGUUGAUGCCAAAUCGGGUUCAAACUCCCUUAACUCUGCAUGUGGUCCUCUGGAACUUUAUUUAUGUUGUUAUUUAUUUAGGAUUCCGUGUUUGUGAAGCGACGUGAGGCUGCUGAGACGAUCGGAGGAGUUCCAACCUGCAGGUGGAGCUGCUCCUCUGGCCUGUGAAAUGUUUGCUGGUUUCGGCUGUUUCUUGUUUUGUGUCUUGAUGCUGCCGAUCGCAGCUCGUGUUCUGGGUCACUGCAGUGUUUGGGUUCUUGUCGCCUCUUUGCAUGAACUUUUCUUAAUGCAUCUCUGGAAAUAAAGUUAAAAUCCUGAAA